GUGUUAUUUAUGUGUCGCCUGCAACAACCUGCCAGCAAUUAGGUUGCUCAGCCGUUGCCCAGUUUUAUGACGCGACAACGCAAAAUUGUAGCCUGGCCAAAAGGAAAACUGAACGAAUAACCGCAGCCAACGACGCGCGCGUUUUUAUCGAUCAAACAUUGGUGCGCACAUGUGCAGCGAAGUUCCUGACAGUGAGCGUUGUAUGUAUGGCAACGUCAAAAGUCAAGCCAAGACCCAGUCCCAACCCAGUCUGCAGCGGGCAGUUAACCCAAGUCUUAAGCGACAGCGUGACGCAUAGUCAGCGCCGAUUGGAAUCUAUAAGUGCUCGUCAAGGAAUCGCAUGCGAAUCGAAUUGCAAGCUAAGAAAAAGUGAAAGGCAAGUGUUGGAAAUUUAAGCUAAAAGUGGGCGUGUUAAUUGAAUUGCUAUUUUUAAUUUCAACAGCUAACAAAGCAGGUCAAAGCGCAGUGCUGAAGUCGUAUUCUAAGUAAAGUCUUCACACAGCAAUGGGGGAUUCAGGUGAGUGUGGCAAGCAGAUUCUUUUUGUGGCUAUGAGCUGCUGCUGCUUGGGUUCAUAACUCGACUCGAAGGCAAAAGUAUUAACAGCCACGCCCCAUCUGACAGUGGGGGCAACGCAACCGCGACUUUUCAAUUUCAUACGUUUGACGUUUGAGGCGUCUUGCGGCAGUGGCAGUGGCAGUUGCAAUGCCCAAAGUUAGCGAUAAGCUCGACACGCAUAUGUGUGUGUCAAGAGUUUGGAGUUUAGAUAGCUUGGAUUAGAAUCCAAGCUAAGUGUAAGUCCGGGCCAUUGCACAUGCCUCAGUUGCAUUAGCUGCGUCUGUGGAAACAGUUGCCAAAAUGCUGGGCAUAGCAUGUGAUCCGUUGGAGCAUACGAGCAUGUAUGAGCGUGGCUCAGAUGAUAGCGAGGACAGCGAUGGCGAAGGUGGCCUGGGCAAUGUCUCGCGCGUCAUUAUACGUCCGCCUGGGCAGAGCGGCAAGGCGAAGCGUGGACAUUUGUGCUUCGACGCUGCCUUCGAGACGGGCAAUCUGGGCAAAGCGGAGCUCGUGGGCGAUUUCGAAUACGAUUUGUUUUUGCGUCCGGAUACUUGCAAUCCACGUUUUCGCUUCUGGUUCAAUUUUACCGUCGAUAAUGUGAAACAAGAUCAGCGUGUAAUCUUCAAUAUAGUGAACAUAAGCAAGAGUCGCAAUCUGUUCAACUCAGGCCUGACGCCGCUGGUCAAAUCCUCGAGUCGUCCCAAGUGGCAGCGACUGCCGAAGCGUCAAGUGUUCUUCUACCGCUCAGCCAUGCAUCAGGGACAUUAUGUGCUGAGCUUUGGCUUUCACUUCGACAAGGAGGAGGAUGUGUAUAUGUUUGCUCUGGCCAUGCCUUACAGCUACUCCCGACUGCAGUCGUAUUUGAAUGUCAUAGACUCGCGUCAAGGCAGCGAGAAGCGUUAUACGCGUUGUGUGCUGGUCAAGUCACUGCAAAAUCGCAAUGUGGACAUGCUGACAAUUGAUCAUGUGACGCAGAGUCAACGUUCGACGAAUCGCUUGGAGCGCAGCUUUAUACGCGUCAUAGUUAUACUUUGCCGCUCGCAUUCGAGUGAAGCACCCGCCUCGCAUGUCUGCCAGGGCCUGAUUGAGUUCCUUGUGGGCAAUCAUCCUAUAGCGCAGGUGCUGCGCGAAAACUUUGUGUUCAAAAUUGUGCCCAUGGUGAAUCCGGAUGGCGUCUUCCUAGGCAACAAUCGCUGCAAUCUAAUGGGCCAGGAUAUGAAUCGCAAUUGGCAUGUCGCCUCGGAGUUUACACAGCCCGAACUUCAUGCCAUACGCAAUGUGCUAAAAGAAUUGGAUAAUAGCGAUACAUAUCAAAUAGACUUUGUGCUGGAUUUGCAUGCGAACAGCAGCAUGCAUGGCUGCUUUAUCUAUGGCAACACCUAUGAGGAUGUCUAUCGCUAUGAGCGGCAUUUGGUAUUUCCGCGUUUGUUUGCCAGCAAUGCGCCAGACUAUAUAGCCGAGCAUACGAUGUUUAAUGCUGAUGAACGCAAGCUGGGCAGCCUGCGUCGCUACUGCUGCGAGCGCUUGAGUGAUACAGUUAAUGCGUAUACGCUGGAGGUAUCCAUGGCGGGUCAUUUUCUACGCGAUGGCAAAACCAUAUCGCUCUACAAUGAGGAUGGCUAUCAUCGCGUUGGACGCAAUCUGGCGCGCACUUUGCUGCAGUAUUAUCGCUUUAUCAAUGUGCUGCCCGUGCCGCUGGUGCCGGAGCUGCGCAUGCGUAGCAAGCGACGUGGCCGAGCACGCGCUCAUCAGAGCCGCUCGCGUUCCAAGUCGCGCUAUGAAGUGAAGCUGCGUCCGCGCACAACCAGAUGCCAUGCGCCCAUUGCCUAUACCAAUCUAAGCAUCUGCUAUGACUCCACAGGCGCUGCUGGCGGUUACUCCUCGGAUGAGGGCGGCUUUUCGCCUACACGUGCUAUGCCCAUAGCGCCGGGCAGCAGCUGCUUUAGCGGCUAUCGCAGUCAGCGUCGUGCUGCCACCGCCAGCUGCGCUGCACAUGAUCAGUAUUCCCUGGGACUGGGCUUGAGCGAACUAGGCUUAAGUGGCAGUCGUGGCAAGCGUGCCAUGGAGUUGCCCGGCAAUGUGAAUGUGCCGCCCAAGCCAUAUCUGUCUAUAAUCGAUCUGAAUCAGCUGACGCGUGGUAGUCUUAUGUUAAAGGCGAGCAGCUUCGAUGCGGACGAGCGGCGUUAGUUUAAGAAUUUUAUAGCGUUUUUUCUACAAGUAAACAAUUAGCUGCGGUUUAUAACAUUUGCGUUUCACUCAACAGCAGUCGAGCGUUCAACAAGUUGAGCCAAAUAAUUCAGUUUGCUUAUCAAUCUUUCACUCUCCUUCACACACACAUUCUAUGCAUGUUUACAUGUGUAGGUAGUAAUUGCUGUCUAUUGUUGCGCAUC